CUCUCUGUCCCCUCCCAUUGGUGUCUCCUGCCGCCGUGCGCGGCCACACCUGCAUUAAACGGGGAAAGUCCGUCCAGUGGAGAGGCAGAGAGACUGAAAGCUUCAGAGGAGCGGAGGCAGGAAGCGGAUCACCUUGCAGCUCCCAUCGCAUUACUCUGUCUCGACACUUUGAUCCGAAAAUGGUGAUGGCAUAAAAUGAUUGGUGGUACUGAGACUUUGCAACCGCGGAGGACACAGGGUGGGAAAUUAGGAUUAAAGACGAAAUCGAUCGGCCCGAUUCGAAAUAGAAGAGACCGAGGGUGAGCAGCUGAGCGCGCAGGUUUUCCCUCGUGAUCCCUGACAGUGUGAGGACACUGACACAGCCUUUGUCUCCUCACUGUUUCCGGAGAGAGUGAGGCUCCCUGGGUGCCUCUGCUGUCUAUUGUAACUGUAAAGAAGAAAGAAAGAUCCAGCUUGUCUGUAAAUUCACAUUCAGCAUAAUUUCUCUUUGCCAGCCACAUUUGCAACCCAAAGAACAGCAGUGAAGUCUCAGCACUAUCCCUAGCCUAGAGCCUAUCCCUCCAUCCUUAGCCCCCUCUCCUCUAACCCCCUUAUCCAUAUCCCUCAGCCCCUUCCCUCUCUCCAACCCCGGCUUCAGCCUCAGCCUGUGCCCCAUUCGAGUCCCAGAUGACAGCUGAGAAACAUCCGUUACCCUCCCACUCCACACGAGUCUUCUUUCCUCUCCCUCCAGCCCCCGUGGCGCUUGGCACCAAUGCCCAUCACAGAGACAGAUGGAGCCAACCCUGACCCCUCUCUUCGCCCGUGGGGACGCCAAGAGAAUCAACGCCUGACUAGAGGAGAGGGGGUGACUGCUGCUGCCCUGCAAAACCAGACCAGAUACUUUGCUUUGGAUGUUAAAGCUGAAAGGAGGAUGUGGACCGACCUCUGUAUCCAGUUAGUGUGAGCUAUAAGGAUUUUCAUCUACACAAGAGCUCGACACCUGAACUAUAGAGGCCAGGGCGGAUGAAACUACAAUACACUGAGCUCUGUCAGGUGUUUUAGUACAUUUGGUGCAUUGCAUUCAUUUCCUCUGCAUAUAUCCUGCCAACUCAAACCACUUCUGAGAUGAUCAGGAUAAUAAAUGGAGUAACCCCAUAAAACUUGUAAUUUUCUGCUGGUCCUGACACACUUGUGGUGACUGUUGGUGAAUGAAAUAAGGACUGAAAGGAUUAUCAAGUGGAUUCUGUUUAACCUGUUGUGGUGGCGACCUUAUUUAGCAGGCUGGGAGUGGCAUCAGGAUGCCUGAACUGGACAACUUUACCCCCCUGAGGGGUCAGAGGGGACCUGAGUUGGGCCUAAAUGGUCCAGCAGACCCACUUCGGAUUCAGCACAGCAUCCUGGAUGAGCAGGUGGAGCUGUGGUGGUUCAGAGAUCCUGGGAAGUCUCUGCUCUGCUACUGUGUGGCUGUACUUCUAAUCCUGGGCUGCGGGCUGGGCGGCGUUGGCCUUCUCUCCACCACCACCAGCGUAUCAAGCGAAUGGCGACUCGGCGCAGGCACGGCCCUCUGCCUACUAGCCCUGGGGGUCCUGCUCAAACAACUGCUCAGCUCGGCCGUGCAGGACAUGAAUUGCGUCCGAAGCCGACAGCGGAUCAACAUGCUGAAAAGUGGUGGUUUAUCGGACCUCCUUGUGGUUUCAAUUACCGGGAUGUCACUGUUAAUUUGUGGAGGUGUUCUACUACACCUUGCCCUAGCUAACCACAUGCCUAAGCCUGGCCAAGCCCUUAAUGACAUGUACAUCUCUGGAGUGGUUUUGCUAGCUGUAGGGGGAGCUGCAGUUGUGGGUGUUGGAAUAUACUCUGUUGUGGUCAUACUGCUUGAGAGGACAAGGCACGGACGAAGGUUGGUGGACCGGCUUUUGAAUAUCUUCACUGUUUCUGGACACAUGGACCGUCAUGCUCGCAGGGAGACUACCUCCAGUCUGGCUAAUCUCAUAUGAGACUUAACCACACCCUAAGACUGUGUAUUUGGCGCCUUGUUCUUUAUGUCAGAACAUUUAGCCUCAACUAAAUUAGAGCAGACCUGCUCAAAUAUUACAAGAAAUCUAAUUAAAACAAGAUUCAUCUCUUACAUGCUUCAGCUUUGUCACUAGCUGUUUAGACUGUGUAUGAGGCUAAAAUAUCAGAAUUUGUAAUAUCUUCUUGUUGAAUAUGUUCGCAAUAAGCAAUCAAAUCUCAGUCAAAUAGCCAGGGUGAAAGGAUUGAAGAGUAAACAAAUGUUCCGUAAAACUCCAUUCACAUAGGAUAAAUGUCAAAAUGUUGGUGCCUGUGGCAGUUUUGCAGAGGCAGUGUUAGAAUGCAGGACACCAACACAAAAGCAUGGAAAAUAAAUGUUUUUAAAGUUCACUCAAGUGAUAUUUAUCGUGAUUCCAUGAAAUGAAAAGCACAUAUAAACACUUUUGAAACUAAAGGGAGAAGUAUUGGCUCACUAACAGAAGUGAGAUCUUUUUAUGUUAUUGUUAUCGGGUUGGUGCAGCAGUCUGGAAUUGAACACGAAGGACUGUGGUGGCAGUAUAGACUGCAAUAAUGAGUCAGUUGGUUUGUAUAAGCUCUUCUCUGGGCUAUUAUAGGGCUACAGCAGAUGAAGAAACAGAAUCCUAGUCAAAGUUGACACAAGGUAGUGGUUAAAGGGGUCAUCUACAAAUUGAACUGUCGCACAUUUAAGAUAAUGUACCUGUUAUAAACAUGUAUUCUGUCAAAGUGUUCACACACCUGACCGCAAUAUGCUCAAUUAUUGUAAGAAAACAGAUAAGAGCACCAGCUCAUGGGCUAAAAUGAAAUUGGAAGAUGCAGAAUGAGUGAUAGAUAGGACAACAUAAACAUGAAAACACAUUUAUUUUGCAUCGCCUUGACUCUGUUCAUGUUCUCGUAAAGUUAUGAAGAUAUUCAGCUGAUAAAUUUGAGCGAUUUGAGGAUGGUCAAUUGCUCAGUAAGGCUAAACUCUGGCUAAUUGGAAUGACUUCUUCCAAUGAUCUAGUUUCUUUUAUCAGUUAAAUUAUAAUUUAACAUAAUACAUGCAGUGUUUGUGGUCGAAACUUCACUUUAAAAUGUGUCUGCCUGUAGCCUACACAAUGAUACAAGACAACAUGAUUGUUGGAGAAUUGUCACAGCACUUGAGAAUGUAUGGAUAAUUUCUUUUUUCGUGCAUCAACACUGUAUUGUCUUGACUGUUAAUCUUGAAGCACCUUGUGUUCCUUAAAUCUGCUUUAUCUAUAUUUUUGAUAUUAACACUGAAUCAAAUUAGGCUA